AUGCACAGUCGACGCAUUUUUGGGAGCGCGGCUAUUCCGUUAGCAAUGUACACCAAACUUCGCAUCUGUUCUCAAGCGCAGGCCCGGAGGAGGUUACCAAGCUUAGUGCCACUGCUACCCGCAAUGGCAACGGCAACCCGGUCAGUGAUACCGUUGGUGCAGUCCACGACACCAACGAUGCCGAUGCUUGAAACGGCCGAGUUCGAUCCAGUGCUGCUAUCGAAUUAUCUUGAGUGUAUCGCGCCCAUGAGGGUAGGAUUUCUACGUUUGAUGGAAUUAUGGGGCAUCGGGCGCAUGGUGAUGUCUUGUUUUUUUCCGAAGAUGCGGUAA